UUCAGCCGAAUUAAUUAUUAUGUAAUCAAGUUUAUUUUUCUCUUUUAGUUAGUUGUCAUCCGGCCAAACAUUAAGCAACUUAUAUUGCAGUUCCAUUUAUCAAUUAGUAUAUCAAAAUAUGUCAUUGUAAUUUUGCAUGGCUGAAAUGUAACGCUUGAUUUAUAUAUAUAAUAAUUAAUUGAAUUUUCAAAUAAAAAUCAAAAUUUGUUGAGCCCAGCAGCUUACUUCCUUUCCUCUCUUCCCCCGUUGUCUGGAGCAUGUGAUUUUUGUUGAUAUCCGAGCUCUUGUUUUUAUCUUUUGGUUAACUUUCUGUGAUUGGACUCGGUAUUUUCGUCCCCGCCGAGUGGGACGAUGCUUGCUUGCCAGUUAAGCUAUACUUUAGAUGACACUAAUUUCUACAAACCACAAAAUAUUAAAUAUAAAAUGUGUCCAGUAUGGCGCAAAUGCAUAAUUUGAUAAUUUCUCGACGCCGUCGUCGGGGUGAGAGUUAUCUGAACCAACUGCAUGCCCCUACGAUUGCGUCACCACUGGUGAGCAAGCAUUUGUUUGUUGUUUAGUUGUGUUGAAAGGGAACAUUACUUGAUUAAUUCAUCCAUUCGGAUUUUAAUAACGAUGAGCUAUGAUAUACCGUUCAUCUUAGACUAUUGGAUCAAUCUUAUUAUAUGAUUAGAUUUUAUAAACAAACUUGGCACACAAAAGAUUAUAAUGCGGACGCGGAGGUUGACUGGCUCUUCUAUAAUAAAUACGACACUUCAAUUUACAGAAUGCUUGCUAGAGGUAAGACAAAAUAUUAUCAGACUAUACAUGCAGCAUGAGUAACUGGUGGAUAAGCCUUCGGUAAAAACGGAUCCGGAAAAGUCAAUGCGGCACUCGGGUCCUUGGUAUUGUCGUUGGUAUAUUGUCCAUUAUCUACAUUCUGCUUUCGUAGUUUAAAACAAUAGUGAGUUCUAAAUAUACAGCUUUAAACCGAUUAAGUAUGAAUGAAUGAAAUACCUGACAAUCCGCACUCUUAUAAUCCAAAAGCAUGAGUAACUCGUAGUGAUGUAUGAUUUUUAGAAACUUUAAAUUAAAUUUGGCGCUCACAGGUCCUCAUGAAUAUGUGAUUGCCGCAUAAGGUUCUGUAAAUGCGCAGGGCACCUUCAAGCUUAAAUUAUUCACCUUACUGAGGCAGUCAACCAACGCGUGGCUUUAUUUUUAUGAUAUGAUAUGUUUUGAUUGUUAUUAAUAAAUACCAAAAUUUAAAUUUGUUUUCCUAAAAAAAAAUUUGUUUUCCUUGACUGAUGGGGGCUCAGGACCAGUUUGCAUCAAGGUUUGAAGCUAAAAUUCCGCGUUUUUAAGCUUUUAGGUUGGCUGUAAAGAGGUUACCUGUAAAGAUGUGACCACUGAACCUCUCCUUAUCCCUGUCAAUGGGAGAGAACUUCCUGCAGGGGUCAACAAAGCAGAUGGAGGUAGGUUAGAUGUUAGUGCUGAGUGUAUGGAACCCAUUGGAAAGGGUAUUUUUAGAUGUAAGAGUAUUUCAUACUCAAGCUCCUUCCAAUAAGGCUCUUGGAUCUCCAAUGAGUAUGUACACUAGCCAUGAGAGACAGAAGAAAAACAUGUACAACAAAAGGAUUGUUGAAGUGGAACAUGGAACAUUUACACCAAUAGUCCUAUCAAAAACAGGUGGAAUGGGAAGAGAAGCAAAUACUUUCUUCUAAAAGCUCCUUCCAAUAAGGCUCUUGGAUCUCCAAUGAGUAUGUACACUAGCCAUGAGAGACAGAAGAAAACAUGUACAACAAAAGGAUUGUUGAAGUGGAACAUGGAACAUUUACACCAAUAGUCCUAUCAAAAACAGGUGGAAUAGUCCAGUCAUUUAUGGAAAUGCAUCUGCAAAUCUUCAGAUACUCACGAAACUUUGAACAGACCUUCCCAAAGGUAUGAAUAAACGAUUUUCGGUUGGAGACAUUUUUAUUACUGUGGGGGAAACCCAGGAGGGCCACGCCCAUAUUGACCUAAUAAUGUAACUGACCCUUUGCUUCUGAAGGUCGUAUAGACUUCAUGAUAGGCUUAAACGAAGCCGCAUAUAUGCAUGUUUAUAUAGAAGUUAUUGAUCAACAAAUGGCCUUAAAUCCUCAAUUUUCGAGAAAUUCGCCAAAAACCAUUUUGGGCGUGGCGCAGAGCCCAUUUUACUAACUUUUGAUAUGAUCGUGAUAGAGUCUUCGGAUAGUGUGCAAAAGAACUGCAAUUGGUAUAUUUAUUUAUGACUUAUGAAGAUACAGAUGCCUUAAAGUGCUUACUUUUUUAGUUAUUGGCGAAAAACUGAUUUUCGGUUCCAGAAAUCAUGCAAAAAUAUGGGUAUCUGGUAAAUUGGGCUAUGAAGGCCAUAGAGAUUUUUGAAUGAUUGCAAAUUGUGCAGAAUGGCCAUGUUUAUAUACUUAUGAAGCAACAUGUACCCUAAAAUGCUUACUUUUCAAGUUAUUCGGGGAAAACCAAAGAAAAUUUGCACGAAAUAGAGCAAAAUUGGUUAUAUCAGCCAUUUUUGCCUCCCGUUAUAUGUUAAUAACUCCAGCACUACCUUUAAAAGAGUAUGGAAACCUAAUAUGUUCAAUUUAAGCCUAGGGUUAAGGUGUUGUCCUUAAAUAAUUGUUAACACAAAUCAGCGAAAAUGGAUUCGGAAAAGCCAUUAUUGGCACUUGAGUCCUUGAUAUUGUCGAUGGUGCUCUGGGCCAUUUGAACUGCCAUUUUUCAGCUUCUGUCAACUGAAAUUACUAUUAAUCCAAGUUGAGGCAAUCAGCCGAAAUGUGGCUUUUAUGGUUAUCUAUGAUAUGCAUUAUCUGUAAUAAUAUAAUAAAGAUCAAAAUUCAUUUAAUUUGUAUUCUUAAAUUUGUAUUCUUAAUCAUUAACAUUUCUCACUGAUCAUAUUAUUAGGAGACUAUGCUAGCCACAUCAACCCCGGCUGUAAAGAAGAGAAAGAAGACUUCCUCACCUUUGUUGUCUAAACUCCCUAAAAAAAAGAAGAGGAAAAGUGUUGCCAAAACACCUGUGCCUGAACUAAUAAUAUGUGCUGACCAACUAAAAUCAGAUAUUGUUAAGAAAGAAGAGGAAAAAUAUGAACCUGUAUUUCAGCCUGCACUAAAUAUCAAAAUUGAACCUAUAAUAUUUGAAGAAAUAGAAGUAAAACCGGAUCAAAUUAAAGUGAAAAAGAAGAAAAAGAAGAGAAAGUCCGAAAUUAAAGUUGAGAAACAACUAAUUACAGAAGAGAAUUCAGAGUUGCAUGCAAAUGUUUUAAAUAAAGAAGAUACUCCAGAACCCGAAGUUCUGAUAAAGCCUGAACCAGCAACUCCUGAGAAGCCCUCUCUUAAAAUCGAACCAGCUGAAUUCACAUCACUUUUUAAUUCUAAUAUCAAACAGGAACUAGAAGAGGUGGAUGAUGCAGUAGAUGAGCAUGUAUGCAAGAAGCUAAGAUUCAACCUAUCAGACUCAUGUAUUGUACAGUACGACACUACCUUGCACUGCGCUAUUCCUCCCUUUUUCAUAAACAGUAUCAAAAACGGUAUUAAAUCCCAACUGAAAACCCUGCACCUCAAAUACCUGGAAUCUGAGCAAGGUGUUCUCCUAAGAUACACCAACAUCAAAUUCAAAGAACGAGCAGCAAGGAUAGUUUCUAUAUCCCCAGAACUUCAUUUUGAUAUCUCAUGCACAGUGACAGUGUUCAGACCUAAAAUGGGUGCCAUAUUGGAAGGAACUGUUGUGAAAAUUGGGCCUGGCUAUGUGAACUGCCUCGUGUUUGGGUAUUUCACAGCUGUAGUUUAUGAUCGCUUUACGAACCCUGUAGAAGUAGGUAGUGUGAUUAGAUUCAAGAUUGCAUUCUACCAAGUCACGGUACACAAUGAUUUUAUUCUGAAAGGCAGUCCAGUUACUUGAUGUUUUCAGAGAUUAUGGGAAUUCUUUCUAAUUUAUUACAUUUUUGCAUAGGGAGUGUUGCGUUGUUCAAGCUUUCGUACGUCACAACUCACAGCGUUUCUUAAUUUAUUACCUUGCGCUUCUUAAAGGUUCAAUCACAGGAGCCAGAGCAGCGCCAUUGAUAAAUGAAUGGGCCGAGAAUCAAUUAUGAGUCUCUUUUUAUCUUACUUUUGUUUGCUAAUUUAUUAUAUGACCUGGCAUUCUUUUAUUUUGAGGUGAUAACUGAUGAUGAUAGUUUUUAUUAAAAACCCAAAUAUGAAGAUGAGUUCUAGAUGUUCAUUCGAGCUUUUGUUAAGCUUUUGUUUCACUUUCGACAUCACAACGGCACUUAACAAUGGACAGUAAUGAUAUUCAGUCGAAUGUUUUAGUGUAUUGUCGAUUUGAUCACCACCUAAAUGCUUUAGGGAAAGUCGAAUCUCGGAAUUUCUCGGAAUCGAGAAAAAGAUCUCCUUAUAAUACGACAUCAUAUGUCUAGAGACACUUCGGAACUUGAACCAGUAACUAAGAAACGCAGAGUGGAACACUUUAACGACUCAAACAACGACGACGUAGAGAUGCAGCAAAGUAAUGGUAAUGGUUCAACUACUGCGACAAAUGGUGACAUCGACGAAAGUCUCUACUCGAGGCAGCUGUACGUGUUGGGACAUGAAGCCAUGAGGAAGAUGGCAGAAAGCAGCAUACUAGUAUGUGGGCUCGGGGGUCUGGGUGUGGAGAUAGCAAAAGAUAUCAUCUUGAGUGGAGUGAAAGCUGUUACUCUCCAGGACACUAAGCUUACCUCAUAUGAGGACCUCUCAUCUCAGUUUUUCCUGAGAGAGCGUGACAUUGGCAAGAACAGAGCUGAAGCGUCUCACCCUCGUCUGGUAGAACUGAACGAAUACGUCUCCACCACCUGCACCAUAGAGGCCGUCACCACUGAUCUGGUCUCCAAGUUCAGUGUGGUGGUCCUCACCGACUCGUCACGUGACGAACAACUCAACAUCGGAGAUUUCUGUCAUGCCAACAACAUCAAGUUUAUUUGCGCCAACACUACCGGCGUCUUCGGGAACAUUUUCUGUGAUUUCGGAGAAGACUUCAAAGUAAUUGACACAAACGGAGAGUCAGUGUUGUCAGUGAUGAUUGCGGCGGUCACUAAAGAUGGAGACGGUAUCGUGACUUGUCUCGAUGAGAAGAGACACGGAUUCGAGGAUGGAGACUACGUUACUUUUCACGAGGUGGGAGGUAUGGUGGAACUGAACGAAUGUACGCCACGAAAGAUAGAGGUAAAGGGACCGUACACCUUCAGUAUUGGAGACUGCAGUGAUCUCUCUGACUACACUCGAGGUGGUAUCGUGACUCAGGUCAAGAUGCCAACUUCCGUUCACUUUAAAUCAAUGAGGGACGCACUGAAGGACCCGGAGAUUCUGCCAACAGAUUUCGCUAAAUGGGAGCAACCAUACCAACAUCACAUCUGUUACCUCGCUCUGGUAGAGUUCCAGAAAUCAGCCGGAAGAAAUCCCAAACCCUACAACGCUGAAGAUAAUGCUACCUUCGUUAACUUAUGUAAUCAAGUUAACGAUAAAUAUUCCUUGGGUCUCGAGGUUAACGCUGCCCUAUGUGAGGAAUUCGCUAACGGCUGCUCCGGACAGCUGGUAGGCGUACAGGCGUUUAUUGGAGGAUCAACCGCUCAAGAAGUUAUGAAGGCAUGCUCGGGCAAGUUCAUGCCUACAAAGCAGUGGCUUUACUUUGACUGUACAGAGGUCAUACCACAGGGUUUGAAAGAAGCAGACUGCGAACCUUCAGACUCUAGGUACGACGGCCAGGUUCUGUGUCUUGGUAAGGAACUGAACGCUAAGAUCGCUGAUCAGAAGUGGUUUGUUGUCGGAGCUGGAGCUAUUGGCUGUGAGCUUCUCAAGAAUUUCGCUAUGAUGGGGGUUGGUCACAACAAAGGAAUGUUAACUGUAACAGACAUGGACACGAUUGAGAGGAGUAAUCUCAACAGACAGUUCCUUUUCCGAUCCUGGGAUGUAACUAAAAUGAAGUCAGACACAGCGUGUAACGCAGUGAAGGAAAUGAACCCUGAUAUCAAUGUUACAUCACAUCAGAACAGAGUUGGUCCUGAAACUGAGAAGGUCUACACAGACAGCUUCUUUGCUGACCUAAACGGGGUAGCCAACGCUUUGGAUAACGUGGAUGCUCGGAGUUACAUGGACAGGCGAUGUGUGUACUACAAACUGCCUCUCCUCGAAUCAGGAACAUUGGGCACCAAAGGAAAUGUUCAGAUCGUUCUGCCCCACAUUACAGAAUCCUACUCUUCAUCUCAAGAUCCCCCUGAGAAGACAAUACCUAUGUGCACACUAAAGAAUUUCCCUAAUGCAAUUGAACAUACGAUACAAUGGGCCAGAGAUCAGUUCGAGGGGCUCUUCACCAAGACAGCUGAGAACUGCCACAAGUUUAUAACGGAGCCAAAGUUCCUAGAAAAGCAAAAGAGUGGCGGAGCAUUGAUUGCCAUCUUGGAAGGCCUUCGCAAAGACCUCGGAACGGACAAGCCUGACGAUUUUACGGAUUGUAUAAGAUGGGCCAGGAUGCUUUUUGAAGAGAAUUUCCACAACACGAUAGCUCAACUAUUGUACAACUUCCCACCGGAUCAGAAGACUAGCUCCGGUGCCCCCUUCUGGUCAGGUCCUAAACGUUGUCCUGCCGCUAUCAACUUCGACGCCAACAACAGCGAACACUUAGACUUCGUCGUUGCUGCAGCUAACUUGAGAGCUUAUAACUACUCCAUCCCAACGAACAGGAGUAGAGAUUUUAUCAAAGGGCAUGUCACUAACAUUACAGUUCCGCCAUUUAAACCCAGAUCAGGUGUAAAGAUAGCAGUUACUGAAGCUGAAGCAGAGAACAUGAAUAAUGAUGAAGAAUCUGACAGCGACAAGGCGAAAAGUAUUUUGGGAGAGCUCAAUGCCAAGAUGGAUCAAUUGAGAUCUCUUAACAUACAAGUUGCCGACUUCGAAAAGGACGACGAUACGAAUUUCCACAUGGACUUCAUCACAGCUUGUUCCAAUGCAAGAGCAUCAAGCUACAGAAUUGCUGCAGCUAACAAACACAAAACUAAACUCAUCGCUGGAAAAAUCAUCCCUGCAAUAGCCACGACGACUGCAGUAGUAGCUGGUCUUGUCAGUAUUGAGAUGUACAAAAUGAUUCAAGGACUCAAAGAUGUUGAGAAAUAUAAGAACGCAUUCUUGAACUUGGCGCUGCCAUUCUAUGCAUUUUCAGAACCGAUAUUAGCACCAAAGAACAAAUAUUACGACGUAGAGUGGACUCUGUGGGACAGAUAUGAUAUACAGGGUGAUAUAACUCUGCAAGAACUAUUAGACAUCUUUGAAAACGAGCAUAAGUUAGAGAUAUCAAUGUUGUCUCAAGGAGUAUGUAUGUUAUACGCGUUCUUCAUGCCUGCCGACAAACGAAAAGAACGAUGUGGAAUGAAGUUAUCCGCACUGGUUGAGUUAGUCACAAAGAAGAAGUUGCCCGCACACAAACGAGCCCUAGUUCUGGAGAUUUGCUGCAACGACUCGGAAGGGGAGGAUGUCGAUACUCCCUACAUCAACUACUCUCUCCCCUAAACUACAGAUUCUAACUUAAAAACUGAUGUGACCCGGAUGAGGUCAGACCGGGUUAAUAUGAGGUUAAAUGUUAUAUAUGUCAUAGCGCCAUUGUUUGCUGAAAAGCAGGCGGCCUUGUUUCUGCAGCGAAUUUUUAAUCUAUAUUUGGUAUGACGUUUCGAGGCUGUAUUGUUGGUACUUGUUGCGCGAAUUUACACAGCUUGACUUGAAUAUUUAAUGGAGAUAACAAAAUUUGGAGGGGGUAAUCUUUCUUAAACAAUCUCAAGUUUAGGAUCGAGUGGGUUUUAUAAUUCAAGUGCUUUUUGGUCACUGAAUAAUUAUUAAUUUGAUAAAAAUGAACACAAGUUUACUGAAUCAUAGAUUUUAAAUGUGUCCUCGAUCAAGAGAAAGCGUUCAUAAUGGACCAGCUAAAAAUUGGUUGUUUGAAAGACGUUGAAGUGUUUCUAAUGUGUUGGUGACUGUUUAUUUGACACCAUGUAUCAAUUUCAAUUUGCUUACGAGAAA